AUAAGAAAAAAAAGAAGGAAGAAAAGAAAGUUAAAAAAAAAAGAGAAAAAAAAGAAAGACGAAAAGCGAAAGGGCGAAAGAAAGAAGCGGUGAAAAAAGAAAAGAAUAAGAAAAGAAAAAGCAAAGAAAAUAAUGAAAAAGAAAAUGAGCAAGAAAAAAAAAAAGAAAAAAAGAAGAGAGAAAAGAAAGAGAGAAAAAAAAAAAGGAGCAAAAAAAAGAAAGACAAAAAAGCGAAAGGGCGAAAGAAAGAAGGGGAGCAAAGAAAUAAUGAGCAAGAAAAAAAAAACGAAAAAAAAAACGGGGAUGAAAGGGCAAAAGACGAAAAGAGAAGAAAAAAAAAAGAAAAAAAAGAAAGGGAGAAAAAAAAAAAAAGCAAAAAAAGAAAGACGAAAAAGCGAAAGGGCAAAAAAAAGAAGGGCAAAGAAAAUAAAAAAGAAAAUGAGCAAGAAAAAAAAGACGAAAAAAAAACGGGGAUGAAAGGAAAAAAGACGAAAAGAGAAGAAAAAAAAAAAGGAGAAAAGAAAGACAGAAAAAAAAAA